AUGUCGAACAUGGCAAAAAGUAUUUUGAAGGAUAACACGUUGCCGCUUUCUCAAAACUCUCGAAGGGUUUCAUUUGCACCAGAAGUGACAUUACAUCAAUUUCCUGAUUUGUCUAAUCGUGGUAACAAGAGAAGAAAGACUGAUGGUGGGGCGUAUAUUGAAUGGGACGGGAAUUGGAGUCCAGCGUUAGAGGCUGAAAACGAUGACGAUAAACCAUUGAGUGAUAGUUCUGACGAAGCUGAUGAGCUUGAAGAGGAUAUUGUGGAGAAGGAUAUUGUGGAGAAGGAUAUUGUGGAAGAGGAUAUUGUGGAAGAGGAGCAAGUGAAGAUAGAUGCAGAUGAUGUUUCCGUGCCUGAAUAUGUGCCUCGUAUCACACAUGGUGGUGACAACAUGCAAUCCAUUGAACCAGGGAAAACACCUAAUAAUGACAACUUACCUAGUCGACCAGGUUUGGAUGAUGAGGAAAUGACAAUGGAGUUUACCCAAGCCAUGCCAAGAGGAUUAGAUACAGGCGAGGAGAGAGAACCAGCAACAACGGGUGAAGAGAAAACGACUGGAAUAGGCGAGACCGAAGCUGAUCAAUAUACAAUGGAAUUAAAGGAAGUGGAAAACAGUCCGAAAAACUCAGAAAGCACAGGCGACGAAGAGCCCGAAGUCCCUCAAGAUAUGGAAUUGACUCAAGGAAUACCCCCCAUCACAAAGGAAGUACGUCUAGAAUUAUUGCUGGAACAUGGCAAUGAAAACGAGGAAGCCGAAAUAGAUAUAGGAGAAACGGGACAGGAUAUGGAACUUACACAGCCCAUGAGAGUUGAUAAAUCAACUACUGAAAACAGUCUGGGAAAUAGUCCAAAUACAAUCAAUGAACACAGCAAACCAUCCUCCCUGUCACAAAAGAAUAAUGGCGAAGGUAGUUUACAAGAGAGUGACGGGGAAGGCGAUUCACAACCAAUGGAAAUUACAGAACAGUUCAAACUUUCUCCUAUACAAAGGCCUACAUUGCUUGAUCCUGUUUCACCUGAAUCUUUAUCAGCAACUAAUGGAGACGAGGAAAAUGAGAAGAUUCUUAUUUCUGAGGCCAAGAGUAAUGACAUUAAUGAAGAGCAACAUGAAAAUGUACAUGCUAACUCCAUGCCUGAAACAAAAGUUAAUGCUGAGCUAACAGAUGCUGAAUCAACUCCCCGAGAGCAGGUGAAUUUAGCUCUUCCUCAUAAAACCGACGAGGAAAAGCAAGACGACGAUGUUGAUGUAGUGCCCAUUGAGACAGAGACAGCUACAACUAACACUCCCGAAGUAACAGUGGAAGCAGGUGACGUUCCUAAAAAACAACAAGAUUCGAUACUAUCCAAAUUCCUUCAAGAUAUCGGUGUACAAUUUUACAUUGAUUUUGAUCUUGAAACAGAACCAAUAUUGCAAUUGGGCGAUAUUUCAAUACACGAACAACAACAACAAGACCAAGACCAAGACCAAAAACAACAAGAACAACAAGAACAACAAGAACAACAAGAACAACAACAACAACCGACACUACGGGAUUUCAUAUUAGCGAAACCAUUCAAAGACUUAUAUGCACAAAACGAAUUUUGCUGUCAGGAACUUCUGCAAAACAUUAGCAAAAGCGAUGUAGAGUAUGCCGAGUUUCUAAAAACUAUGGAAAUCGAACCUAUCGAAAACAUCAAGCUCUAUUAUAAUGGUGAUGAGCAAAAGCGAGCAGCUAUGAAUUUUGGAUUUCAAACAAUGAGAGAUUAUACUAUCCUAGAAGGUAAGAGAAAAUGGUACACGUGGAAAAUUGAAUUGACACGAACUGUGAUUGAAGCUUUAAAUAUACAAUACGACGAAUUAAACAGCGAUAAGAAUCUACUUACACAGGAUGUUGAAAUGAUAACAAAACUAGCUGAUGAUUCAAGAGCAUAUGUCGAUUCAUUAAGGGUAAAAGUUGGCAAAAUAGUAAAAGCUAAAGCAGAGAUUGGGAAAUUGUCAACUGAUGCAUUACAAACAGUAAAGAAUGAAUUGAGAAAACGUAAAUCAGAAAUGGCUGAUAUGCAAAUGGAGUUAGAAGCAAAACAGAAACAAUUGAUUGAAAUCGAUUUCAAGAUAACUGAAAUGCAACUGGUAAAAUUGCAGAAAGAUCGAGAUUUGAAAGACCUUGAAUUUAAAUGGAACCAAGUACGUGAGUUCUCCCGUGCUGAGAUUGAUGAUAUUCGACAAACAUUCAAGUUCCUUUCUACAUUCACAUUACUUGAAUAUGUUUCUACUCAGGAAAAAUGUUUGACAUUUAUAUUGGACAAAUGCUUUGAAAUGAGAUUUGACUUUAUUGAUAACACUUUAGACUACACUGUAAUAGAUAACCAAUUGCAUUUCAAAGAGAUGAUGGAUUAUGUGGAGCAAUUCCCCAAGAUUACUGCAUCCGAUAUCAAGAUUGUUGAUAAGUUUCUUCAAUUUAGUCGAUAUUGGACAAGUUUAAGAAGGCUAGACCGCCAAUUAUAUCAAAUUGCUUAUAAAUAUCCUGUUGUGAUAAAUAAACCAAUCUCAGGAGAAGACGAAAAUCCGCCGUCUCAGGAACUGAUCCAGUUUGUCAUUCAAUAUUAUGAUUUCGAAACAAUGUUGGAAAUCCCCAUUCACGGUUCUAUACCUGUUUCUUCACUAUUACAAUUUGAAUCCAAACUACAAUUCGAGGUCUCAUCCGAGGUUCUUGAGAAUAACCGCAUCUUUUCCGUCAUGACUAAAUCGCUUGGGUUUCCUACACUUGCUAGCUUAACUUCUUCAACCACCUCUGUAUAA